UUGUAUGUGUUGCGUCGGGGAAUUGAGGUUUGCUGGUUAAGUCUAACGGCCGCUUUGGAGGAAGGAGGCGGUGGCAGCAGCAGCACCACCACCACCACCGUCGUCGUCGUCGUCGUUCAGCUCACAGCCUAAGCGGGUCCGUCGCUCUCCUCUGACUCUGUCUGGGGGCAGAUUUUGACCCUGCUGUGGUUCUUCACGCAGUAAGAUGGAUACCAGUCUCUUCAUUCUAAAAGGCAGUGUCUCAACAAAAUGGAGGAUUUGGAGCCCUUGAAAAAUCCUGAUUUUACUUUUGGUGGAAAUGUUCCUUUAUCUGUCACCUUCAAAGACACAAACCAAAGGGCCCCAAAGUCAGCUAAGAAAGUAGCAGUGCUGCCACCUAAGAAACCCGUGAUUGUGCGAAGCCCCAUGAACAGAUACAAAAGGGAGAUGGAGCUCCGGAAUAAUAACAAGCUGUUGGAGACAGUUAAAUGUGAACUGAACCUAAAAUUGGCAAGAAUCCAGAAAGAGAUGAAGGAGGUGAAGGAGAAAUCUGAUAGUCUAGAAAAAGAAAAUGAGCAGCUAAAGAGAUUUCAAGAAAAUUGCAUGUUGAUCUUGGAAACCAGGAAUUGCGAUGCAGGUACAAACAUUUUGGAGGAAACAGAGGAGAACAGGAAGACACAGGAUGAAAUAAUGGACUUGUCAGAGAAGCUUAAGGCUGAACUUGAACUUUUCAUCCAGCUGGCUAAAGAGCAAAAAGACGUUUUUCAGAAUUCGCAAAUGAAGUGGAAGCAGGUAGAGGAGGAAGAGGCUCUGUUCUUAGAGCAACGGCAGUUAUUUCAUAAAGAAAUGGAAGAACUGUUCACCAUCUUGAAUAAUGAAGAGGCUCACUGGAAUCCAUCAUAAAAGCAGCAGAGGAAAAGAUGCCUGAGUUGUAAACUGUUAUUUUCUUGUUAAAUAUAACAUUUGAACAAAUAAAUAGAACUUAUUUUG